GGCGGGGGGGGGGACGAUUUGAGGCGAGGAGGAGGGAAAGCAACUGAAGUUUGACUCCUCCCCCUCCCCACACAUGCAUUUGAAGUGACGGAGGGGGCAGGAUUGGAAAAAAAUCUAUACUGUAUCUCCCCCCAGACUACAAUUCCCGUCAUUCCCUGAUGGUUUGUCCAUUCUGGCUCACGAGGCUGCUGGGAGUUGUGGUUCAACAACAUCUGGAGGGUGAAAGGAGCAUUUCUGUAGCCUCUCCGCAUGCUGUUAAGGCUACAAUUCUCUUUAUCCCCCGACCACUGGACCACGCUGACAUCUGGGAGUUGUAGUACAAUCACAUCUGGAAGAUCAAAAUGACUGCCCAUCCUCUGUAUUCUGGAUAUUCUGCCUCAUGGGGCCCUUGGGACAAUGCUGAUAGUGGAAUCAAAAGUGGAGAAAGAAAAAGAUGGCGGCAGAAAGAAGUAUAUUAUGAAAAAGGUUGAAUGCAUUGAUGAAAAGCAAGCAAAUGAUGCUCUCCAAGAGGCCAUGGAACUGCUGAAGCUGAAUCAUCAGAACAUCUGCAGCUACAAAGAAUUUUUCAUCAUCUGGGACAACCAGAUUUCCUCCCUCUUUCUUUGUCUGGUGAUGCGUUAUUCAGAUCAAGGGGAUCUUUCAUCUCUGAUCAAGGCCAAGAGGCAAAAACCUGAGAAAAUUAAAAAGAAGGUGAUUAAAAUGUUUCUGGGGCAGAUGGUGGAUGCUUUAGUUUACAUCCACAAACAAACGAUUUUUCACAGAAACCUCAAACCAUCCAACAUCCUUUUAGAUGACAAGUCAUCUUUCGUGCUUGGUGAUUUCAGCACGGAAACCCUCAUGAAUGAUGAGAUGAAAUGGAAGAUUAGGGUGGAAGAAGAUCCUCCUUUCAAAUCCUGGAUGGCUCCAGAGGCACUCAAAUUUUCUUUCAGUGACAAAUCUGACAUCUGGUCUCUUGGCUGUAUUCUUCUCGACAUGAUCUCCUGUGUGAAAGUGAAAGAUCCAGUUUCAUUGCUGCGUAACAUUAAGGAGAAUAGCAGUCACCUGGAAGACGCCCUGAUAACUAUGAAGCAGAUGGAUACACCUUUGUCUUCUCUUUUGCUAAGGAUGCUGACGAUUGAGCCAACAAUGAGGCCCACAUCAGGGGAGCUGACUGACAAUGCAUUUAUCAGAGAAUGCCUGAUUCUUGCUGGGUCACCCUUAGUAAAGGUGAAGAAGACUCUGCCUCCAGGAUUACUGGACUUAAUACUCAACGGUGGGAUCCCAACUGUUCUAGAAUUCAUGCUGUCUUACCAGGAUAUAGAGGGAGCUCAAGAAAAGUGCAUUGAGCGUCUAACUGUCCUCUUGAAAGAAGGAAAGGCCAAUCUGAAAGUCUUCUUUGGAUUAACGGAGCUUGUUACCUCUGCAAUGAAGAAUCACAUUGAUUCUCCUGAGGUACAGUUAGCUGGAUAUUCUUUGCUGAUUGAAAUCACUAGCAGAGCCAUGAGGCAGAACAUGAAUAUUGAAUUCCUAGCCUCCGAAAACAUACUCGAUUGCCUGUUAGCCUCCAUGAGAAUUCAUUUCAACAACAAAGAGUUGAUCUGGAUGAUUUGCACAUUGUUCAUGAUGAUGUCGACUAAUGAAGUUGCGGCUCAGACCCUGAGGAAAGUUGGUGUCUUCACAGACAUCCUGACCAUUCUGGGUAACUUUGCCCAGAACAAAGAGAUCUGCCUUGCUUGCUGUGGGGUUAUUUGGAGUCUGGUAGUACAUGCAACCAAUGUGGCUGAAAGCCCCCUGAAGUAUGCUAUUGAGGUUGUCUCUAUAAUCCUUCACAUGCACCUUGAGGAUGUGGAAGUGGCUGAGGCGGCAUGCUGCGCUUUCUGGGCUCUUUCUCUCCAUGGUUGCAUAGAUGAAGUUAAUUACGAACCCUAUUCCUUGCUUAUCCUGGAGGCUCUCCGGAAACAUCCUGAAAGGCCAGUGCUGGCAAAGAACGCCUGUCUGGCAUUGGCAAGCCUCUUGAGGACAUCUGAGUUGUGUGGUUUCCGGUUCAUAGUAACCGAUGAGAAGGGCAACGGGAUUGUCCUGCUCAAAGACUGCUAUGAGCUCCACCGUGAGGAUCCUGAAGUUGUGGAAAACAUUUGCAUCUUGAUUAACGAGAUGUUUAAAUAUGAGGAAAUAGUUUUGGAGAUGGUUUCCCAGCACAUUACCGAGAUGCUGACUGAAAUGAAGAACCGGUUUACAUCUAGUCUGGAAAUAGUUGCUCUAGCAGAAAAGGCACUCUCUAAACUGCAGAAAAAAGGGCUCCUUGCCUGAAAUGAGACAAGUCUCACUCUAGAAGAUUGCUUCUUUGCACUAUUUAUAAGUCAGCAACAGCAUUCAAGGAACCUGCCAUAUUUCAGGGAAAUCUUAAACCUUCUAUAUACUUUUGUUUUACAAAACAGUCAAUAAAUACGAAUACAAGAUGAGAA